AAUCGCCCGCGAUGUAGUGUUUCAGCAGCAGUGACUAGUAACGGGUCGUGUGGGUAGAGGUUGCAAAUUACGUUUGUUAUUUUCGCACCCGAUAUGGUGGACAUAAAAGUGGAAUAGGACCAGAGUAGUGUACGAUUCGAACAAUAAAGAACAAAGUUUCCCAUGUGUUUUCCCCUCACGAUACUCGGAUUAUUGUGCUUUGGAUAAUGAUGGGGCGCUAAUACGGUGUCAAGAGUGUUUUCUACGUCGUGGAAUCCUUGUACAGGCAAUCAAGGCUAGAAGAGGCUACAGCAGCAGGUGAUUACCUAAGAGAUUUUCGCAAACGCACCCACAUCACCAUCGCGGUCUUAGCGCCGUCUUUCCUCGACGGUAUGGUCGCUAAGGGCGAUGAACGGCAAUUCCGCGACAUUCAACGGUGACUCUGAUGUAAACAGAGACAAUCUCAUACAACACUAUACGACUACUAUUAUAGUCUGCCAACACCGAAAUACCAAAAUACGCAGUGGUCGCGGGCGCGUGUGUGUAAAAAUAUAAAACCGAAGAACAACAAGACCUACGACAUCGUCGGAAACCGACGGUCCGACGGUGGCAGAAGAUUACAUUUUUGGGGCCAAUUCGCGACGAGAUUCCAAGAUGAUAAGAAGAAAACAAUAAUCGCGUUUUUUUUUACAAAGGAGAAAACAGUUUCGUUUUGUUUUUAUUCGUGUAUUUUAUGAGUUUGCUGAGGAAAAUUCGAAUGACGUCAACGAACGAAUCGCAGUGAGCAGCGGUGGAAAAUCACGAGGGGAAAUCCGAAAUAACGUGGUGCCAAAAAAUAAAUCGCAGUCUACUGCCUACGGAGCUCGCGGUGUGCGAUAAGAAUGAUAAGACGGAAGAAGGUGUCGUGAAUUUCGUGUAGUGUUCAGAAAAGCGGUUACAAACACAGAGCAGAACCGGUUGGGGUGCGAGUGUUGCUGCAGUGUGCCGGUUGUUAAUGGCCAAUUUGAAGAGCUUUCUCGGUGGCAGCAGUGCAGCCGAAGCUUCAGGGAUGGCCAUCGUCGUGGGAACGAGCGGGGGCAGUCAGCUACAGGACAAGUCAUCGCGAGAGACGGCCGCUGAUAAAACUGGAACCGUAGAAUACUCGUCAUUCACCAGUGCACCAAAGUCAAUGUCGUCGUCAUCAUCGCUAGGCAGCAGCAGCAGCAGUAGUAGUAAUAAUAGUAGUAGCAGUAGUCCUAGUAGUAGCAGUAGUGGCAUCCCGAAUCCCCACCACCAACGGCUACACAAUCGAGAGAUAGUCCUCACCAGUCUGGUUGCCGGAGCCAUCGCCGGUGCCCUGGCCAAAACGACAAUCGCCCCGCUGGAUAGGACCAAGAUCAACUUUCAGAUCAACAAACACGUCCCCUACUCAUUCCGAGCGGCAUUCGAAUUUGUGCGCAACACGUACACCAAGGAGGGCUUCCUGGCCCUCUGGCGGGGCAACUCGGCCACGAUGGCACGGAUCAUUCCCUAUUCGGCGAUCCAGUUCACGGCGCACGAGCAGUGGAAGAAGCUGCUGCACGUCGACCUGCACGAAGACACCAAAGUACGGCGAUUUAUCGCCGGAUCGCUGGCCGGGAUCACGUCGCAGUCGAUGACCUACCCGCUGGAUCUGGCCCGGGCACGGAUGGCCGUGACGGACAAGUACAGCGGCUACCGGACGCUUCGGGAGGUGUUUGUGAAGAUUUGGCAGUGCGAAGGCCCUCGGACGCUUUACCGGGGCUACUGGGCCACCAUCCUGGGUGUCAUUCCGUACGCCGGGAUGUCGUUCUUCACAUACGAUACUCUCAAGAAGGAGUAUUUCAAACGCACCGGUGACAGCAGUCCAAAUACUGUGAUAUCGUUAGUGUUCGGGGCCACGGCCGGCGUGAUCGGUCAGUCUUCGAGCUACCCGCUGGACAUUGUCCGACGGCGGAUGCAGACUACCGGCGUGACGGCACACUGUGCCGAUCGCUAUCUGACGAUCGGAACGACACUGGUCAAAAUCUACAGGGAGGAAGGUUUAAUCAAGGGUUUCUACAAGGGACUCAGCAUGAACUGGAUCAAGGGCCCCAUCGCCGUCGGGAUCAGCUUUGCGACGUACGAUCACAUCAAGCACUUCCUGAGGGAGCUGAUUCACCUGCGGGAUCCGGUGCGGUAAGCCGAAUCCAGCGCCGAACGGGCACUGCACAAACAAUAGCAACAAAACUGAAAUAUUUGUACGGACAAAAGUUCGAAUCUGUUGAAUCUGGUUGUCUAUAUAGCUGUGGCAUUUUCAUUUAUAUUUUUUUUAACUUUCGUUUGUGAGUGUCUGCGAUUGAUUGAUGUCUGCGGAUGGGAGUGCGAGGGACAGGAACUGUGUGCGGCGUUGUCUGUUAGAAUUACGUGUGUAGCUUUGUGUUUUGAUCCAGGGUCAAUCAAACUAAAACAAAAACAAAAUGGUGCAAUUAAAUCGUGAAAAAGUUUAUAUACAACACAGAAGUGCAUUGCUUAUAUACUCAGCUCCAUAGAGACUGUCCUCGGAAGCACUACAAUUUUAGGUAGAUACAUUUAUUUUAAGCGGACAAAGUAACAUCUCCUCGUUUGAUUUACACUGAGCGGAUACUAUCACUCGGAAGUUUGAGAUAUUUUCAACGAUAUUGAUCCCAAAAUGGUUCAGUUCAACUGAAGCGCGAGAGUACAACUCAAACAAAAAGACCGAAAACUAAGUCAAAAAACCGCAGUCUGAUGAAAUGACAAUAAAAUUCGCCUGCUACCCUACCCAAAACCAACUAAACUUCUAGUUCCACAUGAGCUCUUACAAAGGUGCCAUUCGAUUUUCUGUUCUGAUUUUCAUUUUUUUUAUUAGGUCCUCUACGCAUUCGGUUACAGCUUAUUAGGUUAGGAUUUGUGUACGUAGAAGGUUGAGACUUUGUUAUUUUUAGGAGAUAGGUUUUCUUUUUCGUGCGGGAGAUUCUGGAGAAGGAUCUAGAUUUCUUGGAAGCACGAUCGCUAUACGAGCAACACGUGCUUUAAUUUUUAAUCGUUCGGUUUUGUUUUCGAAGCGUUGUAGUCAUUUAUUACCCUCAAGGUCAUAUCUCCCCGGAAAAUCUGUUGAAUAAAUUAGC